CCCUCCCCCGUGCGCGAGCGGACGUGGAGACACCGUUGCCAUGGAGAAAGCGGGGCGGGAGGUUUCAGGCACUCGGCUGGGAACUGCAGUGGAUCCAAGGAGCCCAGGCCUCGGCUCCAGGGGCGGGAACUGCGGGGACAGUUCCAAGAACUGCAGCGGCAUUGCCGGAGGCGGGGCAUCUUCUGGUCUUCAGGAUGGCCCAUCUCCUGGGGAACCCAAGCUGUAUGGACAGCCUGAGGAAAGACAUCACAGACCUACAAGGAGCCAUUGUGGAUGUGUUCUCCAGAGCUGGGGCAGUGCGCUUCCCCUCUUGGAAGUUCCCUGACAAAGUGUCCUGUGACCUGGACUUGGUUUCUCUCUUGGAGCACUAUGACCAUGUAGAAGGAAACCCCGAGUUCACUCAGCUUUCCCAUGUGGUGCUCCUGGAGUUGGUGAUCGACAGGCUCCUUUUGCUUCUCCAGAGCUUUACCAGCUACACGGACAACAUCACCAGCAACGAGAUGGUCCCCAUACCCCGGGAGGUGGGGCCCUGCAUGUCUGUUGGGCUCACAGUCCGCAAGUACUGGACCAGUAUGCUGAGGCUAGGAGAACUCUACCGGCAAUCAGUGACUGAGAAGAAGACAAAGCAGGAUGACUCCCCCAACCACCCUGACCAGAGUGAGGCAGCUGAGAGCAAACACCCCAUCAUUCCCGAGUUCGAGGCCUUUGAAGGGAGCAAGAUCCAGACCACCAGAGCCCUGACACCCAGACUCCUGGCCUCCUGCUCUUUGAUACCUGACUUCCCUGCCCUGCGCCAGGCUCAGGCCACCAGCCCUCCUGGGCACUCGGUGCUCCCCGCUGCCCCCACCUACACCCGCAGCGUCCACACCCAGACCAUUGAUACGGCCCUCAUACCCUGUGAUGCGUGCGGCCGAGUCCAAUGGAGCUUGCGGGAGGUCAGCAAGGCCAUCAUCAGCCUGUGCGCCAACCAGAACCUGCCCUCGUCCCUGGACAAGUUUCAGCAUCUGGUGCAGGAGACCAUGGGCCAGCAGCCCAUGUCGGCCGUGGACCUGAGCUACUGGGCCGCUGAACAGAGCAAAGACCUGGGCCGCAUCAGCAAGCAUCUGGGCACCCUGAUGCAGGUGAUCAGCCCCCUGCGGGCACAGCUGGAGGAGGCCGAGCGGCAGAAGCAGCAGCUACAGCAGCAGCUGGAGGAGCUGGGCCAGGAGAUGCAGAAGGAGAAGGCUGAGCAGCAGCAGCAGCAGGCCAACAAGGAGCGGGAGCAGGAGCUGAUCCUGGCCCAGCUGCAGGAAGAGAAGCAGGAGAUGCUCUCAGAAAUAAGCUUCCUGAAGAAGACCCUGGACACCUUGACUGGGGAGCUGAAGCAGAACCAGGACACCAUCCAGGAGCUGGAGUCGAAGAAACAGCAGAUGCUAGACGACAUGAGCAACAUGGUGAAAAAGAGUGAAGCCAAACAGCUGGAGGCCCGAGUGCAGCUGCUGACCGGGCGCCUGGAGAACGCCAGUCAGCAGUUUGGCUGGGCCAGCACAGAGCUGGACAAGGAGAAGGCCAAAGUGGACAGCAUGAUCCGGCACCAGGAGUCCCUGCAGGCCAAGCAGAGGGCCCUGCUCCAGCAGCUGGACAGCCUCGACCAAGAGCGGGAAGAGCUCCGGGCCAGCUUGGAGGAAUCUGAGACGCAGCAAGCUAACCUCGAAGGGCAGCUACAGGCUGCAAAUGAUGCCAAGAACCAGGUGGACGUCCAGCUGCAAGCCCAGCAGGAGCUGCUCCAAAGUCUCCAGCAGGAGAAACAGGCCAUGGAACAAGCCACAGAAGAGCUCCAGAUGACCGUCUACAAACUGGACAAGUCGAUCCUUGAGAUGAAAGAGCGGGAGCGGCUGCUGGUGGCCUUCCCUGACCUUCAUGUUCCCAGUGAGGCCCAGUUUGAGAGCUCUGGGAAUGUUGCGGAGGACAUGGAGAGGCAGGUGCAGGCCAACGUCAUCCGUAUGCAAGUCCUGGAGGAGGAGAACAGCCGGCUCCGAGCCACUCUGGCCAAGCUGCAGGAGGUGGCCCGGCAAGGAGGCCUCAAGCUCGUCCCAGAGGCCCAGAUUUGGUCUGCACCUUCCAAAGGGACCCAAACAGGCUCCUGCUGCCAUCCCCGAAGAACUUCUCCAGGUCAUCUCGGCGUGCCCGCUGGCCACCGCGACCGUCCUGCCAGCAGUCGACUCAGCAAUGAAAGCAGCCCCCCGGGCCGGCCCUUCCGGCCUCAGCCCGCCCGCCCCAACACCCCUGUGAGCUACAGGUCCUCCCGGCCUCCCCUAACAGUCACAGGCUCCUCCAAGACCACAGGCAGCACCAACAUUGCCUACAUGGAACUCAGAGGGAAGGGCAGUGGGAAGCGUCACUUGGGUGGCUCGGCCCAGCAGCUGAGGUAGCCGGAGGCCUCUGUGGUUGUCCUGGCCAGCCUGGCCCACAAAUCAAAUAAAGCCACCAGCCUCUGCCUUCCCACCGGAA